AUGGAACAUUUCUGUCUUGUGUACUUAACACUUUGUUCCGUCUUUAUAUCAAUUCUUGGAGACUACUGUCCGUAUAAGGCAAUGUUUACGGAUCUCCCGAGGGCUCUCCUUCAGUUAAAUAAACUCCAGCAUUUAACCAUUGCCGAUACGCAGAUCACCAACUGGGACACGGAUAUUGUAAGACAUAUCGGUUCAACACUGCAGACAUUGAUACUGAUCAAUACUAGCCUAACAUCCUGGCCCACCUGGGUAACGUUACUCCCUCAUCUGGGCACUCUUGAGCUAUCCUACAUGCAGCUUCGAGUUCCAGAUGAUGCUUUCGAUAACCAGAUCAACACGAUGUUCAGUGUUAAUUUUGAAAACUGCAACCUUACGGAGAUUCCAAGCGCACUGUCCAAAUUAAUACAUUUGCAGUAUUUAGUUCUGGACAACAACAACAUAACCAAAGUUACUGGACUGCCCAAUUCUCCAAAUUUAACAACGUUAACUCUAGAUGGCAACCAGAUUUCGGACGCAGCACAGCUAAGUGAAGGACUUCGGCCAGUGGCCAACUCAUUAACCACUUUGACGUUGCGAGAAAAUAGACUGCUAUCAAUGCCAGAUCUUUCCGCUAUGGUCAAGCUGGACUCACUUGAUCUGACUCAGAAUGUUAUAUCAAGCAUCGGUAAUGGUAAAGUCCCAGCUUCUCUAACGGUAAUGGAUUUAGAAAACAACUACCUUCCAUCGUUAUAUUUCUUUAUGCAAACUGGAGUUAAAUUGAUGAUCUUACGCUUUGAUCAUAACUCUGUUCUGGACAUUCGCGAUGUGGACAUUCCGGUUAGCGUCUCCGACAUGAGCGUCGCUUCCAACCGAAUCAAGCAGCUGACCGACGCCAGCUUCCCCCUCAAUUCCCAGAUGGGGUCCCUAACGCUGGAUUUUAACCCUAUCUCUAAGAUUUCCUUACACGCUUUCUCGAACCUGCAGAGCCUUGUUUACAUGUCCAUGGUAGGCACGCAGUUGACUAGGCUUCCUCUGGCACUCGGGGCUUUAGCCAGCCUCAGAACUGUUAGUUUUGAUCAAAGUGCUCAUCUGGUAUGUACGUGUGUAGAAAAAGAUUUGCAGGACUGGACUUCGAAUGUGGAGAUUAAUGGCGAUUGUGGAAUGACCUCAGUUGCGUACUUCUUUCAAUUUAUGAGUGACCAGUGUCCAGAUUAA